AUGCAAUUAAUUGCGUUAAAAAAGACAUGGAGCACCGUUAAAUUCAAUGAAGUUGACAUCCUUUAUGCUGUUUUCAAGGCUUACCCAGACAUCAUGGCUAAGUUCCCACAAUUCGCUGGAAAGGAUCUCGACUCAAUCAAGGACUCUGCCGCGUUUGCAACUCAUGCAACACGUAUAGUAUCAUUCUUGUCAGAAGUCAUCUCACUUGCUGGAAGUGAUGCUAACAUUCCUGCAAUCCAAAAUCUUGCUAAGGAAUUGGCAACAUCACACAAGCCACGUGGAGUCUCAAAGGAUCAAUUCACUGAAUUCCGCACUGCUCUCUUCACAUACCUUAAAGCACAUAUCAACUUCGAUGGACCAACUGAAACUGCAUGGACUCUUGCACUUGACACAACAUACGCAAUGCUUUUCUCUGCCAUGGAUUCAUAA